AUUGUUUUUCCAUGGAAAUGAAGCUCUUCACCCCCUAAAGCGCUCAUGGAUCCUGUCCAUCCCAGAAUAAGCUGUUGGGUUUAAUCCGCCUCACGUUUCUUCAUGCUCGUGUUCAGAUGUGUCACAUAUAGAACACACAUGUUCUGCUUCAGCUGUUCCUGGUGACAGUGUUCUGUGGGACUGCAGAAUGUUGGGACUUGGUAGCGCUUCUGGACACAAGGUCCUUCUCUGGCUUCUUAGCAGCACCCACAGGAAGACUCGCUGAACCAGAGAACUGAACUGGAAACUCUCGGUGACCUCUGACCUCGCUGGCUGCAUGCUCCCUUCCUGUUGACUCUGAGGAGAACAGUCCAACCAAGAAGCCGGAAACAUGGAUUUUGUGAUGAAGCAAGCUCUGGGUGGGGCCACCAAAGACAUGGGUAAGAUGCUGGGCGGAGAAGAAGAGAAGGACCCAGAUGCAGCCAAGAAGGAGGAGGAGCGUCAGGAGGCUCUGAGGCAGCAGGAGGAGGAGAGGAAGGCCAAACACGCCCGCAUGGAGGCGGAGAGGGAGAAAGUACGACAGACCAUCAGGGAUAAGUAUGGACUGAAGAAAAAGGAGGAGAAGGAGGCAGAGGAGAAGGCGGCCAUGGAGCAGGCCUGCGAGGGGUCGCUGACACGUCCGAAGAAGGCCAUUCCACGAGGCUGCGGAGACGACGAUGAGGAGGAUGAGGAGAGCAUCCUCGACACUGUGCUCAAGUUCCUCCCUGGACCAUUACAAGACAUGUUCAAGAAGUAAACAAACUAAAGUGCAACGAGUCAAAGGAACCCUGAACACAGGGUCCAGUCUGCAAGACUGCAGGGGUAGGGGAAGGUGGGCGGAAAGAUUUGCACCACAACACAGGGAGGGGGACGGUUUGGAUUUUAUAAGCAGGUGGGGGUUUGAAAGCUCAGCGGGACCAAACUUGGGAAGGGAUGGGUGGGGAGGUGCCAAACUGUUAGAGGCUACACACUGCCUUUCUAGAGUCUUUUACUUUUUUCUACUACUUGUCGAAUGCACCACGGACACCCCUUUAAUUUGUCACGAAUGCAGUCUUCAACGGGAACCUCUCACAUUAGUAUUCCGCUGUCCUUGUCGCUUCUACUCUGGUCAAGGGCAGACGCAAAUAGGUCCGUCCUUCAGGAGGUGACCACUGGGGAGCAGUAUUUCCAUGAAGAAGGGCAACUCUCUUCUUCCAGCUUUUCCAACUGCCACCAUGUUUUCCAGUAGAUGGAGCAUGUUUUUAUCAUUUCAACCGGUGUUUUGUACUUUUAUGAAUCCGAUGUAGGUCUUUAUACCGAUAAAAAUGACAAAAAAGAGUUUAGCGUUUGGGUUUAUAGGACACGUGCCUUCAUAUCAUCUCCUCUUGUAGGGUUCCAUUUUGAGUGUUGGAAACACUUUUCUCAACCCAGGUUCUCGAGAAGGUGCUUUGGUGUCUCCACCUAUAGUUUCAUCUUGCCUUUAGCUGCCCAGUUAGUCUGGAGAAGAAGAGAUGGGGAGUCUCGCUGAAACAUUGCAGAGGUCCGCCUGAAGGUCACAGAUGAAGCAUGUAUGGGAAGGAUCGUAAGUACAAGAUUGAAGUUUGGCAGCAGAUGGUCACGGUCAGGAUUAGGUCCUUCCCACAGGCCUCGUGUCCUGAGUCUCAUGGGGGUGUCCCACCUCAACCCCAAUGACACUUUGCAUUAGGUCAUGUCCUCAGUUUGAGAAGUGGAAACCAAGAAGGCUCUGAUCCAGUACCAGAUGAAAAUAUGCAGGCAAGUAGCCCAGGUCCACCUCAGAACCGUACUGGUCUCAGUAAAGGUGAGAACUGGAAUCAUCUAAAAUUGAUAACUUGGGUUGAGAGCAUGGUGUCUUUUAGUUCACACCAAGUAAAACUUCUGGAACAAUGUAUUGAGAACGGGAAACAACGAGUAACGACGGCAUCCUUACAUCAUCGAAGAAACGUUUUCAACAACUGCUCAUGGGUCUCUCCAGCGACAAUCAAACCCCACCCAACAGUUUCAAGUCAUUUCCCUGUCAGAUCAGAACCUUGGUUCAGAGAGAAGCAUCGACUGUGACGUCUCUCACGCUGUUAAAAGCGAAUAAUGAUCGUGUUUGUUUUGAGUUUUUCCCCUCAGUUGUGUUCAUCGGGUUUAUAUACUUUGCAUUUUCCGUCCAACAUGGAGACCAAAGAACUACUGGUGAGGCCACAUGAAGUCCUUCUCGUGAGUUUGCACUGAAUUACCCUGCGUUCCAGUUGUCCUCAGAACAGGGAAAUUCCCAACCCUGCCCCCUCAGUGAUGUUGGAUUUCUCUCUAGGGUGGUGGGAGAAUUCUCACCAACCUGAGUUCACGAUCCAAGAUGGCUUCCCUUAGUGUCAACAGGACGUAGAAGUAUAGAAUAAAUCAAAUACAGCAAAUUAGUGAAUGAAAACAUUCAAAUGUGUUAUUCCCUUUUUUCUUGUGAAUGGAACGCAUAUUUAUUGAGAAGUUGCUCGGGCAACAAUGCGUGAGAAUAGCUUUCGUGGCUUUCUUUUCUGACCCUGAUAACUGGAACGCACUGAACGUGCCUGUGACGUCUUUCCCAGUUCAGAUGUCCAACUUCCAAGGUCACUGGAACGCAGCAUUAAUACCCUCAAAUGCUAGUAGCUUGUUCAGCUAUUAGCAUCCUCCAUAGCAUCCCAUGCUACAUUUGACCCAUUGGUUUGCAUCUGAGCUCUGAACCUUUGGUCAGAUUCCAACGUGAUGAGGCCAUUAAUUACGCCUGUGGGUUUUGCGUUGCCGGCUCAAAAGGUCCAGAAGGCUUGGCAGCACAUGGGCGCGUGGGUGGCCCCGACGUCGGGGACCUUCUGGCGCUUCGAUGCUUUCCUGGUUUACCCCUCCAGAAUCCGCUUAAUUUACCUCCCCAGUGAGUCCUGAUGAACUUCCUGCGAAUGAUGCAGGGAAGUGAAAGUCACUGGUUCAAGUCCACGUCAACUCAAACUCUAUUUUGAAACUACUACACUCCUGCAGUCACAAAUCUUGUCACACAUACCAACUAUAGGACUAACAUGGUCACUGUUCCUGCGUCACCCGCUGCUGUGUCAUCAGUCACCGGUACAUUGUUCCAGGAGUUUUGCCCGGUUCUCACGAGUUCAAGCAAGCAUUUCACCCUCUAGCUCAGAUAGGACUUUUCACUAGACAAAGCCAUAUUGUUUAGAUCGCAAUAAUUCCUUAAAGAAGUGACAGACAUCGUUUCGACUGUCUCAUGUUUGUUUUCGUCCAUAAAAGAAAAGAGGGAACUGUUCCUCGACAUUUCUGUGCAUACGGAAAAAAAAAACCUGUCUACGCGUGUCAGUGUGUUUGUGUGUGCGUCUCUGUAUGUGGUGUUGUCUAGCCAUGUGGUCUUCUGUGUUACUGCAAUGCACAGUACAAGCGCUAGGGGGCGACUCCAGCUGUGCAAAAAAAAAGAAAAAAAACUUAAAACAUUCCAUUUGUUAGAAAAAAAAAGCAUGCAAUUGUUAGCUGAAGAGGAAACCGCCAUGGUACACGAUGAAGAGGUGAAUGUUUCUGCUUCUCCAGGCAACAGAAUUUGUGCUUUUGAUCGAAGAGUGUUGUCCAUGUUCUUUGUUCCGAGGCUUUGAUGCCGCUCAGGGCUGUGAUCAGAUGGACUGCUUUUAUUCCUGCUCCGUGUUUUGGAGCUGAAAGUGAGCUCUGAUCACACAGUAAAGAGGAAUCGCAGCUUGUUUGGUUCCGUGUGAGGGUUAGAGCCAGAAAUCAAUUUGUGACCACAUGUCGAGCUGUUCCUCUAAUAAUUUGUAUUUGCCUUCGACUUGAGUUCAGAGAAUCUGAUGAAUAUAUAAAGGGUUUAGUUCAGUUUUCUGCCACAUUCAUCUGAUUUAUGUGUCAAGUUUGGGCUGGUGAGUGAGGGCUGGUCUCCGCCAGGGUUGGGCUUCGUCUGCAAUCCUGUGUUUAUGGUUUGGUGGUCUGAAGGUCCAUCACUCUGUGACCUUCUGCUGUGAUUUGCAUCACAGUGUGGAGUGGCUGGGAUGAGGAUCAGCACCUCCGAAUUCGAGGCACUGGUUCUCAACCAUAAAAAGAUGGAUUGGUCUCUCCAGAUUGUCUUUGCCUCAAAUGGAGAAGUUAAGGUAUCUCGGGGUCUUGUUCUCUUGUGAGGGGGUUAAGGGAGUUUGAGAUUGGUCCGCAAGUUUGUGCUACAUGGUCAGUAUUGGAGUUGCUCUACCACACUGUGUAAAAGAGAGCUAAGCCAAAAGGCAAAGCUCUCCAUUACCGAUCCUGACCCUCACCUACGGUCAUGACGAAAAGAAGAAGAUCUAAGAUACCAGUGACUGAAAUGAGUGUUCUACGACAUUUAGAGCUAGGUGAGUUCUGUCACUCGGGAGAGACUCGGAGUAGAGCCGCUUCUUCUCCACACUGUGUUAGAUGAGGUGGUUCAGGCAUUUCAUGAGGUUUGAGACUCAGCCAGCUGGGAGGGGACCCAGGACCAAGUGGAGGGAUUAUAUCUCUACACUGGCCUGUGGGCAUCUCUGGAUCCCCCAGUUGGAGCUGGACAUUUGUCGCUCCCUGUUGAAGCUGCUGCCCCUGCGACCCAACCUCAGGAGACAUGAAAACAAAAACAAAAAAAAACAUUUGAUCGAAAAUAACGUUUUGGAACUGGUUUGUAGCUUUAAUAAGUGUCAUAUUUUGGUUGUUGAUCAUGAAGCUAAAAUACCAAAUAUACUUGAAUUGUGUAGCACAAGUUGAAGCUAAGUCACUAUCUUGAAUCAUGCUAAAACACACCGCCGGUUUGAUCCGUUGAUCGAUGUAUCUGGUGGAUGUCACUGAAACGUAGCAGAUCUUUAAGACUUUACCCCAUAAUAGCACAUUUCUUCAAUAAUUAACAACCUUAGCCUCCAUUAUUAAAAACGUUUCUUACCGAAACACCAAAUUAGAAAAUGAAAAUUUAAUACUGAGCCAUUCAUCUUUAAGACAGAAAAAUGUUCGUCUUCACUACCAGACGGGAAGGUCAUGUGAUCACAGCCUUGAGACGUGGGAAGGAUUUUUCAAAUAAAAAGUUGGGGAACGUGCAAUUAAAGAAUACUGUAGUUAAGCUAACCGAUACCUCCAUGUGUUUGUGGGUGUAGGAAUCGGAUGUUGAUGUAUAAAUAAAGACUUUAUAUGAGGCAGACCUGCAGAGGGACGAAGCGUGUCGGCGUCUCUCGGCAGCGAUGCUCUCCAGGCUUCACACUCUGUGAAAUGCUUUUGAAAAGGGCUACAACUUCAUGUGCGUCCGCUCGCUGUGAUUCAUGUGUCGUGAUCAUGAGUGUUGUCGAGUGCAUGACUGUUUGUGUGUGUGUGUGUUGGGGGGGGUCCUUUGAUAUAUGUUGUGAUGCUAGAGGGGGUUGUUUGUGUGAGAUGUUUAUAAAAGGCGGAGCAUCGACGGUUGGCGGGUGCUGGACACAUCUUCUGUUGUCUGGAGCUCAGAAACAUCCACAUGGUCCAACAUUGGUGCCGUGUAGAGAAAAAUAAGUGGGUUUCACUCGACUAUUAAAACAUGUUGGCCGACGAUGGUUUUAGUAGCAUUUUCACGACACUGAGACAAACUGCCAGUCGCUCGAGUUAGCUAAACCUCCAGCAAGAUCUUUAAUCACCAGUGUUAGCUUAGCCACGAGUCAAAGCCUGUACACGACGUUGGUGUAAAUGAGAUAAAUUACAUUAAAAAGAGUGAAUACAGGUCUUGCCACGUGGUAGCAUUAGCCGUUAGCACAACUCUACGAUACAUUCCAGUCUUUCCGCUCAAGCGCGAGUAGAAAUGCUACAUGGGUGACUGUCGUGUUUAAACUGCCGAGUGUCUCCGCGCUGUCGUCGUCUGAAAGUGCUCGCGGUGGAGGUGGCGACGAAGAGGUAAAGAUUUUUGUCCAAAUUCAGGGUCAGAGAAAAUCAGGGUGCAGAGGUGGAGAAUGUAAAAUAAAAGCUUCUGUUUCUUUAACUGCAUGUCGUGUGGAUCCCUGUUGACCUGUCCCAUCAUUGGAACAUUCUGUUUGCAAAUGAACUACACCAGUAAUAAAGAAACGUUUAUUAAAGCGGCGUCCCAGGUUUG